AGGAGUGAUUUUGCCACCUUUCAGUCCCUCCCUAGAAAGUACAAAUAUUCGCCCGGUCCACGUGGCGGUCUUCGCAAUGUCUUCCACUAAGGCUCUAAGUCCUCGAGAAUCGGCUAAACUGAUUUCGUCCAAAAGCAAAGAUGUUUCUAUAUGCGAGGAAGGUGUUGAAGAAGCGUCUAAGAUAAUCUUCGACUGUCUAAAGUCGAAGAAAUAUAGCUAUAAGACAUGGAAGCAACACAAACUCCAUCCAAAAGAAAUGACCACCGAAACUGUGGAUUGGAUUGUAGUCUUAGACACCUUAAACUUCUGCUUUUGGAGCGACGACGGCGUCGAACCAUGGACUGUUCGAUAUGAGGGAAAGAACUAUACGGGCUACUGGGCUCUUUGCGCCUCCAUUCACAGAGCCCUGAAGGAUGGAAUCCCCUUGACAACACCAUCAUAUUAUGCUAACAUCACCAAAGAGAAAGUACAACAUAUCUUCAGAUCUGAAACUCCCACUGAAAUACCACUGUUGGAGGAAAGAGUAAAUAACCUACAAGAAGUUGGCAGAGUCCUGGUAAAAGACUACAAGAACUCGUUUGUCAACAUGUUAUCCCAAUGUGAUAACAGUGCAGAGAAGCUGCUUAAUAAGAUAACAAGUACCUUUAAAUGUUUUCAAGAUGAAUCAGAGUUUGAUGGAAAGAUAGUUUCUUUUUACAAGCGUGCACAGAUUCUGAUAUCAGAUAUCUGGGCCUGUUUUGAAGGGGAAUCUUUUGGGCAUUUCAAAGAUAUCAGUGUCUUGACCAUGUUUGCAGAUUACAGAGUGCCACAGUCUCUGCUUCAUAUGAACAUCCUGAAAUACACAGAUAAAUUGAUGGAAAUGUUAAAUGGAGGGAACCAUGUUCCUGCAGGGGAUCGCAUUGAGCUUGAAAUCAGAGCAAACUCCAUCUGGGCUGUGGAGAGAAUUUGCCAGAAAGUAACAGCUAUGUCAAAGAUGGAUUCAGAAUUUAGUUCUUUGGCAUCAGGGAAAAUUGAUUCAAUUCUAAAUUCUGUCAUCAUAGAUUACUACUUGUGGGACUUUGCUAAAGAAGAACAGGGUGGAUUAACUGAGCUACCAUUCCAUAAAACAAGAACAAUAUUCUACUGAUGUUUUCUGCCUGACUCUUACUUACUUGUACUAGUAGUUUUCGUUUUAAUCCUUUAGACCUUAACAUCAGUAUGCAUAUUCUCCAUACUGUUCUCUAUACAUUUCCUAUGGUGCUGACAAGGAGAAUUUCUAU